GAGUAAGAAUGUGUUAUCUGUUCCUAUUGUAUUUUUCUCUCUUCAUUGUAUCUAUAUGACCAUUAAAGCCUCAAAGGAAAAGACUGAAAGGAAACUUAACUCUUUCUCUUAUUCUACAGUCAACUUUCUACCUAGACCUCCAGGUCAAAAACCCACUCCAGCAUCUGGAAAUAUUGCACCCGUAAUAUUGCCUACCACAGUGGAACCUAAUAAGACUGUCUUUACAAAAACAAGAACCAAAAGUGUGCCACAUCCACCCAGUCCAUCAAAGAACACCAAAACAGAACCUAAGACCUCUGAGACUACAACUUGUAGGGAUCAUGAGAAAGCAGGACAGGAACUUUGUUACGUGUGUAUGCAACGCAGGAAGGCCAACAGUGCACUGUAUUCUAAUGUCAAGUUGAAAAAAGAAGAAGAACAGGACGACCAAAUUCUACAUCAAUAUCAGAUAAUGAAAGACAAGGACACUGAAUUCAAAGACCAGGUAGUAGAAUGCUUGGAUUGA